UUCACAACACCGGAACUUAGUUUGAGCUACCUCUACGGGGACGGUGUUUAUGGUAACACUGGAAAAUUAGAAAUUAGCAACAUUUAUCCGUUCAUUUAGCUACACAGUACUGUGCGAAUUCAUUUAUCGGCCGUUGUGUGCACAGCGAGGUUUCUUGAAGAAUACAGUGAAGCCGCAUACACGAGCUCCUGAUGAAGGUGUGUAGGUAAUAGUUUGACGCCAUGUCUGAAGAGGCAAUUUCCGAAAGUGACCUGGAGCCCAGUCUUAACAGUGAAGAAGAGUAUUCGGAAAAUGAGGAAGAGGAGGACAAUGAGGAUGUGAAGGAAGAUGAGGAUGAAAAUGAUGGAGACGAUGAAGAAGAUGAUAGUGAACGGCCCGGGAGUGCCCAGGGCAGGACGGAAAUAGCUCAGGAUGGCCGGGACUCCUCUUCAGCUACCUCUGGAGAGCCGUCCUCAGAGCCUCCGUCUGAGCCCGGGUCCCGCCCGUCCUCCAGACCCCCUUCUCGCUCUCAAUCUCCAACCAGCCCAGAAAACUCAAGCCAGAGCAAGCCACCUUCCAGCAAAACAAAGAAACAUAAAGCCUCUAAAUUAACCAAAUCUUCUAAGUCUUCAAAAGGCUCCAAGCUAUCUAAGCCUGCACACAUGAGGAAGAAUAUCAGAAAGCUGCUGAAAGAGGAUCAACUGGAGGCGGGGACCAAAGCUGCUCAACAGGAGGAGAUGGACAGGCGGAAGCGCCUGGAGCAGCAGAGGAAGGACUUCCCUACACCAGCCUCGACUGUCCCAGACUCUCAGCUAGUCGACACUGCUUCAGUUUUAGAAGUAUCUCACCUGGUCCCUGCUCUCCUGAGCAAGCAGGAUGUGAUCUGUCUGGACAGCAGUGGUGAUGAAGAUGAAAAGGUGGACCACAAGCUGCCUUCACUUGCCAUUCGAGAUGAUAUAAUUGAGCUUAGUUCUGGGGACGAGGACGCCCUGCAAAUAAGCAGCGAGUCUGCUGAUGACGAUGCUGAUGGCACCGCCUCCUCAGAGGAGAGCAGCGGGGCACACAUCAACGACGCCAUGAAUCUGCCUGAUGCCCAGGGUCGAGUGCUGGUUAAUAUCAGUCACCCUGCAGAGGAGAAAGACAUUUACCUCGCUCCACAGCUAGCCAAGGCCGUCAAACCUCACCAGAUUGGGGGAAUCCGGUUUCUCUAUGAUAACCUCAUUGAGUCUCUGGAGAGGUAUAAGACCAGCAGUGGCUUUGGCUGCAUCCUCGCUCACAGCAUGGGGCUGGGCAAGACACUGCAGGUCAUUUCCUUCACUGACAUCCUACUAAAGAAUACUGAGGCUCACACUGUGCUGGCCAUUGUUCCUGUGAACACACUUCAGAACUGGCUGACAGAGUUUAACCUCUGGCUUCCACCACAAGAAGCCCUUUCCCCGGACACUGACCCUGCAAUUCUCACCGGCCGCACAUUCAAAGUUCACAUCCUCAACGAUGAGCAUAAGACGACGCUGGCCAGGGCCAAAGUUGUGGAGCACUGGUCCAGAGAUGGAGGGGUGUUGCUGAUGGGUUAUGAGAUGUACCGCCUACUGUCCAUGAAGAAAAGCUUUGUGAUGGGCAAGAAGAGGAAAUCAAAGAAGCCCGCAGGACCAAUCAUCAUUGACCUGGACGAAGAAGAUAGACAGCAGGAACUCAUGAAAGGUAUUGAAAGGGCCAUAGCGCGGCCGGGCCCAGAUGUGGUGAUAUGUGACGAGGGUCAUCGUAUUAAAAACUACCAUGCCAGCACAUCCCAGGCUCUGAAAAACAUCCGCUCCCGACGCAGAGUAGUCCUGACCGGCUACCCGCUGCAGAACAACCUAAUUGAAUACUGGUGUAUGGUGGACUUUGUUAGGCCCGACUUUUUAGGCACACGCCAGGAGUUCAGCAACAUGUUUGAGCGGCCCAUUCUGAACGGGCAGUGCGUGGACAGCACACCUCAAGAUGUCCGCUUGAUGCGCUACCGCAGCCAUGUGCUGCACAGCCUGCUGGAAGGGUUUGUCCAGAGACGAGGUCAUGAUGUGCUGCGAGACCAGCUCCCCUCCAAGGAGGAGCACGUGAUCUUGGUGCGACUCUCUCCCAUUCAGAGGGCGCUGUAUACCGAGUUUAUGAAACGCUUUCGAGAAGCAGGGAACAGUGGCUGGCUGGGUCUAAACCCACUCAAAGCCUUCUGUGUCUGCUGCAAGAUCUGGAAUCACCCAGACGUCCUUUAUGAAGCCUUGCAGAAGGAGAAUCAGGCAAACGAGCAGGACCUGGACCUCGAUGACAUUACUUCAACCAGUAACCCCCGCUGCCCUGCACCAGGUUCUGGCCUCAAAGCCAAAGUGACCGACUCCAGCAACAGCAAAGGCAACAACACCCUGCCUCCACUCAAUCACUCUCAGGAAAGAACCAAUCAAGUCAUCACGUAUGAAUGGGCAAAGGGCAUAAUGUCUAACUACAGCACAGGAGUUCUGGAGAACUCUGCCAAGAUGAUUCUGCUCUUUCAUUUGAUUGAUGACAGUGUAGGAAGGAGAGACAAGAUUUUGGUCUUUAGUCAAAGUUUGUCCACCCUGACCGUCAUUGAGGACUUCUUAUCAAAGAGAGCUAUGCCGAAAGGCAUCGCCUCCUCUGACGCCCAGAGCCAAAACUGGGUUCGCAACCUCAAUUACUACAGACUGGAUGGGAGUACUUCUGCCUCAGAAAGAGAGCGACUUAUAAAUCAGUUUAAUGACCCAGAAAACAACACAACUUGGGUCUUUCUCCUGUCAACAAGAGCGGGCUGCUUGGGGGUAAAUCUGAUUGGGGCCAACCGUGUCGUUGUGUUUGAUGCCUCCUGGAACCCAUGCCAUGAUGCUCAGGCGGUGUGUAGGGUGUACCGCUAUGGUCAAAGGAAACCCUGCUACAUUUACCGCCUUGUCUGUGAUUUCACCUUGGAGAAGAAGAUCUAUGACAGACAGGUCUCCAAACAGGGCAUGUCUGACCGUGUGGUUGAUGACCUGAACCCAGUGCUGAACUUCACUCGUAAGGAAGUGGAGUCGUUGCUGCAUUUUGUGGAAGAGGAACCUGACAAAAUCUCUCUGGAAUCCAAGGAGGAAUUUGAAAUAGUGAUGCAUACAGCUUGUCAGCUUUAUCCACACCUCAUCACCAAGCAACCUUUUCAUCACGAGUCUCUGCUGGUGGACCGGAAGGAGUCAAAACUGACCAAAGCGGAGAAGAGAGCCGCCAAGAAGAGCUAUGAGGAUGAGAAACGAGCCUCGGUGCCCUACUCUCGCCCAUCAUAUGCCCCCUAUUACCCAACCAGUGAUCAGACACUCACAAACAUACCAGCAUUUAACCAACGUGGCUGGCGUCCCAUGGCACGACCAGAUGACAAACCUGUGGCGAGUGUCAGGCCCAUCCAGUCAACCCCGAUACCCAUGAUGCCUCGCCAGGUCGGCAUGGGCAUGGCUGGCUCUGCCGGCAGCCUGCCUGUCAACUUCCUGCAGAAAGCUGGAGUUUACGUACAGCGGAUCGUCACUACAACUGAUAUUGUAAUCCCAGGAGCCAACAGCACAACAGAUGUUCAAGCUCGAAUUAGUGCAGGAGAGAGCAUCCAUGUUAUCAGAGGAUCAAAAGGUACCUACAUUAGGACAAAUGAUGGAAGGAUUUUUGCUAUUCGUUCUGGAAAGAUCAGUAGGCCACCAGUCGGGGGCUCUGCAACUGCAAGAGACACCCAUGGUUCCCUACUCCACCCACUCAGUAAUGGCUGUUCAUCACCUGUGGAUCAACAGCAGGGCUCCCCCAACGGGGAGCAGCAGCCCUCCUCUCCCUUAAACUCUGAGAUUCUCAGAGAGUUCAGCCGCUACGCUGCAUCCACAAGUGAUGUCACCGCGGGCAUGGGGAAUGAGUUGCCGUCACCGUCAGAAAUGUUGGCUGUACCAGCAGGAGAUGAAGGCAGUACGCAAAACAAUCAGACUGCUGACCUCAGUAGGCAACUCAGUGAAGACCUCUUGAGCUCAGCUUUAGAGAUGCGAGGCAGCAAGCGCAGGAGUACUGAAAGCCAUGGCAACACACAAAUAGGAGGAAAACGCACUUCGGCUGCAACACGUUUCCCUGGACUGUCAAUGGGCUCCAGUGGGCUCAGUUUUCCCCCUGUGGGUCUGAACACGACCUCACUACUGGGGAACCUAGGUCACAUAAAUCAUCCACUUCUGAUGGACGGUAGUGGUGGAUCCUCAUUCCUUCAGACACCAAGACAAACACUGGCUGACCUACAGACCAUGUUCCCCUCCGCAGGCUCGGACCUACUGAGACAGUCUGCAACAGGACACCUUUCCACCCCCUCUUCGUCCUCUCUGUCCGCUGUUUUUUCCUCUGCUUCCACCACCAUCCCCAUGUCAUCUGCACCCUCUGCAGCAACUUCUUCCUCCCUGGCGUCAGGUUCACUGCCUUCGUACUUGAUGACUCCCAACAUGGCUGGCCUGCUUUCGUCUGGCUUCCCUCUUGAUUACAGUCCGUCGCUGCUCUCUGAGCCGAGGAUGUUCCCCACCUCCCUCCUCUCUGGGUCAGGGGGAUUCCCAACGCCUAACUCCAACACUACUGCAUCCAGUUUCCUCUCCCAUUUCAACAAUCCCACUUCAAGUCUGUUAGGGGCAGCUCUGACCCAACCGGACAUGCAUCAGAGUACGGAGAACGGCGGCAGUAGUUCUGAUGAUGAUGUAAUAGAGGUGACAGGACAGUAG